CCGGAAGAAGUAACAUGUCGAUGUGUUGUUAGGUCAAUGUUAUGGCGGAUUUUAUCAUUGCAAAAAAUUGAGAAAUUGUAUGGUUUCCUUUUGUUUGUAGUUGUCGGCAGUCAGCACUUAUGUGUACAAGUUGAAACUUUAACCAAUACCAUUUGUGUCAGUGAAAUUUAACUGAAAAUGACAACUUUUUCCCCAUUUACACCACCUAUUGUGAAACGUUUACUAAGUUUGAAAAAGGGAGAUUCAGAAAAAGAAGACAAGUGGAGUGAAAAGGCAGUGAAAAGUCUAGUAAAGAAAUUGAAAAAGACUGGAGGCUUAGAUGAACUAGAAAAGUCUGUAACACAGCAAGAUUCAAGCACAAAAUGUAUCACUAUACCCAGGUAUCCAGUAGAGCAACAGAUGUCAUUAGAUGGUCGGUUACAAGUGUCGCAUCGGAAGGGUCUUCCUCAUGUUAUAUAUUGCAGACUCUGGCGUUGGCCCGACCUACAAUCUCAUCAAGAACUUAGGGCCAUUGAGACAUGUGAAUAUGCAUUUCAUUUAAAACGGGACGAAGUCUGUGUUAACCCUUACCAUUACACACGUGUUGAUAUGCCAGAAGGUUUAGUUGAGAAUGGGGACAGCAACUCUUUAUUAACCUUACCACCAGUGAUGGUACCUAGAAGUACAGAAAUACCAAAUAAAUUACCAGAGCUGGAGAAUUACGCCACAACUGUACCAGAAAACACAGAAUUUCCCACAGGCCUUAGUGAAAACUUUUCAAUACCAGACACGCCUCCACCAGGAUAUAUUAGUGAAGAUGGGGAUAACACAGAUAACCAAGGCAUGGAAGGGGUUGAUAUGUCACCAAGCCCGCCCCUCGAUGCCCAGCCAGUCACAUAUAAAGAACCGACAUACUGGUGUUCAAUUGCCUACUACGAGUUAAACACACGUGUUGGCGAGACAUUUCAUGCAUCACAGCCUUCACUGACAGUUGAUGGAUUCACAGAUCCUUCAAACUCGGAGAGAUUUUGUCUAGGGUUGUUGUCAAAUAUAAAUAGAACACAGCAAGUAGAAAUGACUAGAAGGCAUAUAGGUAAAGGGGUAAGGCUAUAUUACAUUGGAGGAGAAGUAUUUGCAGAAUGUCUAAGUGAAAGUGCUGUAUUUGUUCAAAGCCCUAAUUGUAACCAGAGGUAUGGAUGGCACCCGGCCACAGUAUGUAAGAUACCACCUGGGUGUAAUUUGAAGAUUUUUAACAAUCAAGAGUUUGCGGCACUACUUGCCCAGUCUGUAAAUCAAGGAUUUGAAUCUGUAUACCAGUUAACUAGAAUGUGUACUAUACGUAUGAGCUUUGUCAAAGGUUGGGGAGCUGAAUAUAGGAGACAAACAGUAACAAGUACACCAUGCUGGAUAGAAAUACAUUUGAAUGGACCUCUACAAUGGUUGGACAGAGUUCUAACACAGAUGGGGUCACCGGGCUUACCCUGCUCCAGUAUGUCAUGAAAAUAUCAACCUUAAAUGUUGGGCAGACAUUUCACAUAAAUAGAUGAAUAAGAAUUCAAAAUCGGCAUGUUCAUAAGCUUUAUGCUGUGCAUAAUGUGUUAAAAAGUUUACACAAAUGUGUUAUAAAGUUUACACACAAACUAGAGAUAAUUGACAUAUAUGUGUACAUUUUUAUUAUUUGUAUACAAAUUAUGACAAUAUUGUGAUCAUGAAUUCAUAUGUGUACAUGUACAAUCAUGGUUUUAAACUUCACUAUACCAUAAUGUGUUUUUACUAUCGUAGAGAUUUGUAUCUGUAGUUCAUUACAUAUAAAUAGUGGUAAUAAUGAGUUCUCUUUGAGAUUCUCAUGAAAAAAGUGUCAAGUUGUAUUUGUUAAUAUGUAAGGGUCAAGAUUUUAAGUCCCAGCCCAAUGCUGAAAUAAAUGAAUUUACAAGAACAGAUUGUAAGGAUUUUUUUCUAAGAAUAAAACCCUGUAGAGUUUAGUGAUACAAGUCUGAAAUCAAUGAUAAAAUGUUUGUAAUAAUAUUUUAGAAAUAAUAUAUUCUAGAUGUCUAUAAAGGAUAACUAUAAUGGGCCAUUAAAAGAAGUAUUUACAAAGUUGUGUUUUAUGCAUUAUUGCAUUCUAAGGUUUCACAUUAAGUUCAGAUAACUCCUGUGACUACUUUAAUUAACCCUGGAUCUCUCUUUAAAAGAUUGAGAAAGUACCUUAAAUCUACUAACUUUGGUACUUUACUAUGAUAUUGGCUGAGACAGUUAGACCAUUAACAGAGCAUGUUUACUAUUGGCUGUGGCAGGUAGACCAGUCUCAGAGCAUAUGUCUAUUGGCUGUGGUAGGUAAACCACUCACAAAGCAUGUGUACUAUUGGCUGUGGCAGGUAACCAGUCUCAGAGCAUAUGUCUAUUGGCUGUGGCAAGUAGACCAGUCACAGAGCAUGUGUACUAUUGGCUGUGGCAGGUAGACCAGUCACAGAGCAUGUGUUCUAUUGGCUGUGGCAGGUAAACCACUCACAAAGCAUGUGUACUAUUGGCUGUGGCAGGUAGACCAAUCACAGAGCAUGUGUACUAUUGGCUGUGGCAGGUAUACCAGUCACUGAGCAUGUGUCUAAUGGCUGUGGCAGGUAUACCAGUCACAAAGCAUGUGUACUAUUAGCUGUGGCAGGUAGACCAGUCACUGAGCAUGUGUACUAUUGGCUGCGGCAGGUAGACCAGUCACAGAGCAUGUGUACUAUUGGCUGUGGCAGGUAUACCAGUCACAAAGCAUGUGUACUAUUGGCUGUGGCAGGUAUACCAGUCACUGAGCAUGUGUCUAAUGGCUGUGGCAGAUAGACCAGUCACAAAGCAUGUGUACUAUUAGCUGUGGCAGGUAGACCAGUCACUGAGCAUGUGUACUAUUGGCUGCGGCAGGUAGACCAGUCACAGAGCAUGUGUACUAUUGGCUGUGGCAGGUAUACCAGUCACUGAGCAUGUGUACUAUUGGCUGUGGCAGGUAGACCAGUCACUGAGCAUGUGUACUAUUGGCUGUGGCAGGUAUACCAGUCACUGAGCAUGUGUACUAUUGGCUGUGGCAGGUAGACCAGUCACAGAGCAUGUGUACUAUUGGCUGUGACAGGUAGAACAGUCACUGUGCAUGUGUACUAUUAACUAUGGCAGUUAGAACAGUCACAGAACAUUUGUUUAUUAGCUGUGGCAGGUAUACCAGUCACAGAGCAUGUGUACUAUUUACUGUCCCAGGUGGACCAGACACAGAGCAUAUGUCUAUUGGCUGUGUCUGGUAGACCAGUCACAGAGCAUGUGUACUAUUGGCUGUGGCAGGUAGACCAGUCACAGAGCAUGUGUCUAUUGGCUGUGUCAGGUAGACCAGUCACAGAGCAAGUGUACUAUUGACUGGCAGAUAGAGCAGUCACAGAGCAUGUGUACUAUUGACUGGCAGGUAGACCAGUCACAGAGCAUGUGUACUAUUGACUAUGGCAGAACAGUCACAGAACAUUUGUUUAUUAGCUGUGGCAGGUAGACCAGUCACAGAGCAUGUGUACUAUUUACUGUCUCAGGUGGACCAGACACAGAGCAUAUGUCUAUUGGCUGUGUCUGGUAGACCAGUCACAGAGCAUGUGUACUAUUGACUGUGGCAGGUAGACUAGUCACAGAGCAUGUGUACUAUUGACUGUGGCAGGUAGACCAGUCACAGUGCAUGUGUACUAUUGGCUGUGGCAGAUAGAGCAGUCACAGAGCAUGUGUACUAUUGGCUGUGGCAGGUAGACCAGUCACAGAGUAUGUGUACUAUUGGCUGUGGCAGAUAGACCAGUCACAGAGCAUGUGUACUAUUGGCUGUGGCAGGUAGACCAGUCACAGAUCAUGAAUGUGUAUCAUGGCUGUGGCUUUGGUAAAUAGUAUAGCAUACUGUUAGUCUUUUAAACUUUGCUUAAAUUAUAAAAGUCGAGAAUGAUAUUGUUUGAACUCAUACAGUUAGCAUUGUUGUUUUUUUUCUAUCUAUUAUUAUAUGAUUGGGGAAGUAAAGUUCUGUAUUUUUUAUGAGAUCUAUUUGUUGGGAAUGUAAGAAUUUUGUUAUAUAUCAUCAUCAUAGUGCUCCUAUUAUUUUGUGUUAAUGAAUUUUGAAUGCUGAAAUGAAGAUUUUUAUUCAUUUGAUUAAAUGUAUUAUCAUGUAUUAGCAUGCCAUAAUUGUUCAGUGUAUAUAAAUAUGUAAUAUUUUAUUCUCAACCUUUAUUAAUAUAUGCAUGUUAAAAUAUGAAAUAAUUGGAAAAGGAGUUUUCUUGUUGAGAAGGAUAAAUGUUGAUCCUAAAACAGCUUCACUGAGGUUUACAAGCCUAGAUAACAUUUGUAACCCUUACAUACAUCAACUUUGCAACUUAAAAUGGAACGAUAUGGAGUGGGGUGGGGAAGUAGAUCAACUUGGCCACUUCAAAUGGAACAAUAUGGAGUAGGGUAGGGAAGUAGAUCAGCUGGGGCCCUUAACAUGGAAAGAUAUUGGUGAGGGGGGAAGCAACAUAUUUGUAUCAAAUUAAAAAUUAAUAUUUAGUGCAAUUCUUAACCUGAUAUGAGUUUAUAAAGCCUUUUUGUACAAUAAAAAUAACAAUGGGAGUGAAUGAUGUAAAAUUUUACAUUCUGUAUAGACAUAUAUUACAUGGUAUAAGAUUAAAAAUACAUAUUUCACGUCCAAUCAAACUCUUUAUUAUUUGCUUACUUGAUCACAGUAGACUUGUGUUAGCCUUGUUAUUUUCAUACUGUGUGUAUGUAGCUCUAGUUAUUCUAAUAAGUAGACUGCAUAGUGAUUGAUAAAGAAGUUUAUUUUGGAUAAAUGAAAUAUAUUUAACGUCAGCACUCCCUUAAUGUUCAUACUUUCUAAUGAGGAAAUUUUCAUUAAACUGUCUGUAUUAUAGUCCAAUGUAUUGUUUCUGUGAGAUAUGCAUAAUGUUAUCAGCAAAACAGAGAAACAUGAAGACAGCUUUUGUUGUAAAGUUAAUAGAAGAUUCUCCUUGCAACAGAAAUGUAUAAAUCUAGCAUUUAAUAAAGUCUAUAUCUGUUGUAAGUUCACCACAUAAAAUGAUUCUAAAAUGUUAAGGUAAUGAUGUUUCAAAUUUCAUUAUUGUCAUCACUUUUGAAAAUGGGUUUUUUUUGCUACUUUAAAAUCAAUUUUCCUUUAUUUCUGAUACAAACAAAAGAUAUAUGUUGUGCAAAAUGUGGUUGAUUGCAGCCAGCUUUAAUAUCUUUCUUGUUUUCUAGUUUAUCGGGAUAUAGAUAUACAAAGACAUAAUACAUUAUUUCUGGUCCUUAUUGAAAUUUUUGUAUAUACUGAAAUGAAAUGAAGUUUCAUAGUCUGCAAUUAUUGAAAUAAUAGCUCUCACAUAUCUCAAGUUAUAUUGUCCUCAGAUACAAGUAUUUUACCGUAUUGCUGAAGCAGCUGUAUGUUUCCCUAUUUCUGAAGAAGCUUCAUUUUUUCCCUAUUUCUGAAGAAGUUUUGUUUUUCCCUAUUUCAAAAGAAGUUGGUUUUCCCUAUUUAUGAAGAAGUUGGUUUUCCCUUUUUCUGAAGAAGUUGGGUUAUCCAUAUUUCUGAAGAAUACAGGGGAGGGGGUAAGGAUGAUAAGUUUUUCUUAGGGUAAGGAGUAGUGGUAAUAUUUUUUCAUAGGGUUGGGGGGCGUCAGUGGCCGAGUGGUUAAGGUCGUUUACUUCAAACCACUUGCCCCUCACCGCUGUGGGUUCGAAUCCCGACAGGGACUUUGGAUUCUUUCAUGUGAGGAAGCUAUCCAGCUAGCUUACGGAACGUCGGUCAUUCUACUCAGGUGCCUGUUGGUGCCUGAAAUAAUGCACAGAAGGGUACCUGAGGUCUUCCUCCACCAGUAAAGCUGGAACGUCGCCAAAUGACCUAUUCUGUGUUGGUGUGACGUAAAAGCCAAUCAAACAAAAAUCAUAGGGUGGGAUGUUAAGUAGUGUUUAUAAACUGUCUUUGGACAGUUUGAAUGGUUUAACUUUAACUCUGAAUUAUUGAAUUUUAGCUGAAAUUCAUUGUUUGAUAAAUCAAGGAUAUCAAGUCAUAGUUUGUAUAAAAAAUUGUAGACUAUAAUUGUGUUGUAUAAAUAUUAUAUAUAGAUGCUUUGCUUGCUUGGUUGGAAAAAUUGUGAUAACUUUUUAUGAUGAUGAUUAUUGAUAAUUAUACACUAUUGUUCAUUUAUACUAUAUUUUUGUGCAUGUAUAAUGUGAAAUCACUUUAUAGUUAUAUUCAAUUUCUUUUUACUGCAUUCUUUUUAUUGUUAGGGAAAGAUUUAAGUGUACAGGUUAUAUCAAACUUUAUCAUUAUAUAAUGUAUAGUAGAUAAAGUGGUUACUAGUAUAUAUCAGAUACCAUCACAUGACAGGGCUAUGUGAUAAACUGUCACAUGACAGGGCUAGGUGAUAAACUGUCACAUGACAGGGCUAGGUGAUAAACUGUCACAUGACAGGGCUAGGUUGACAGGGCUCAGUGAUAAACUGUCACAUGACAGGGCUAGGUGAUAAACUGUCACAUGACAGGGCUAGGUGAUAAACUGUCACAUGAUAGGGCUAGGUGAUGAACUGUCACAUGACAGGGCAAGGUGAUAAACUGUCACAUGACAGGGCUAGGUGAUAAACUGUCACAUGACAGGGCUAGGUGAUGAACUGUCACAUGACAGGGCAAGGUGAUAAACUGUCACAUGACAGGGCAAGGUGAUAAACUGUCACAUGAUAGGGCUAGGUGAUGAACUGUCACAUGACAGGGCUAGGUGAUAAACUGUCACAUGACAGGGCAAGGUGAUAAACUAUCACAUGACAGGGCUAGGUGAUGAACUGUCACAUGACAGGGCUAGGUGUUGAAACAACUGUUUCUCACCAAUCCUUCUAGUUCAUGAUAUUGUCACCAUGCUGCAUCUGUGAAAUGGUCUUCUGACAUUGUUCAUUGACUAAGAAAUUUCACAUCAAUGAUUCAAACAGUAAAGAAUCUGGCCAAACUGUUAAGGUUUGAAGACUGUCCCUGUCUCUAUACUGGUAAAGGCUGUCCUGUCUUUAUAAUUCUACUUGUAUUCUAUAUUCUUAUAUUCUGUAGGGUUAAACUAAGUAGUUAACAGAGUCAUAAGUUUUUCUCUCGGAUCAUGUACAUUGUAUAUGAUAUUGUUUAGUUUUUGUAAUUCUCCAAAGUUUAUUAUACAUGUACAUGCUAAAUGUGUUCUAUUUUUAUGUAGGCAUAAAUUGUAUAGACUUUGCUGUAUAUAUUCUUCUUUGGGGAUAUAAUCUUCCCCAUCAAUGGAAUAUUAUCUCAAUAUAGACACCUGCGCUGUUUUUAUCAUGAUCAAUAUGAAAAAUAUCUUAUUUGGAAGAGAAAAUAUAUAAAAUAUUUCACUGCUCAUUAUUUUCAAACUUUCACCAACACAUCUGUUUACUUUGUUACAAGUAAAUAUAUGAUAUACAUGUAUAUUCUAAAGAUACCUGAGAUUUUAUAUACAGAAAUUCACAAUACAAAACAUGUGAAAUUAUUUGAUGAAAUCACCUUGAGGUAACAUAGGUUUCGUAUACAUGUAUUCAUAAUAUAACAUUUUUUUUUCCUAAAUGGAAAGCAAAGUGUACUCUGUAAUGUAAGAUAUGUGGGCAGUAAUGUGAAGGUAUACAUUUUUGUAUCUCAUUAAAAAAUGAAGUAUCUGCUCUCAACAAUGAGUAGAAAAUUAGAUAUGUUAUAUAAUAAAUAUGUGGAAUUUUACUAUUGAUGUUGUCACAUAUUGUAGACUAACUAGAUAAUGAUUGUUAAAUUAUAUAAUUGUGAUAUGACUAUAACAGUAUGUUAUAUGUCAACAUGGGUGAAACAAUGAAAAAAACAAUAAAAUCCCGGUUGAACAUUUUUUCAGAGUAAUUUUUACAAUUUUAUACUGUCAAGUGCAUUAUUUAAGUUCACUUUCAAAUUUACAACAUUAUCCAUAUAAUGUAUACAUGUUUCUCAUGUUCCUAUGAAUUGUUCAUAUACCUUCCUAGUCUCUAUUACAGACUUGUUAAGACUUUUGGUGAUCCCUGUUUGUGUCUGAGAAGCUUCUGGGGUCUUAUUUUCCCAUUUUACCUCAGAGGGCCGAGUUUGUUAUCUAGGGAUCUUCCUGUCCCAAAAUUUUGAAACCUAACAAAAAUUGUACAUCAGAUUGCUACAAAUGGUAGUUUGUGAGGGAGCUCUUUGUUAAGCAUACAGAAAAGAAGAAAAUUGCUACCCACUUGUUAUAGUAACAUUAAACGUAUUAAAUGACAGGGAGACUAUUAAAGAAACUGAUCUAGAAGUGUUUAUAUUAUACACCUGUAUCACAUUCACAAAUAUGAUGCAACAGACAAAAAUUUAUAUGGCUAUUCAGUGUACAGGUAUACAUGUAAAUAUGUUAUUAUAGGGAGUUUUAUAAUCUUGUAUAUGACUCUCAUAGAAUUUACUAGAAUGGAUCAUGCAGGGUGCUUUUGAAAAAUCUGCUCAAGUCAAAUACAAGACUCAGAUCAAGAUCACUACCUUUAAUAAAAUGUAACAAAUACUGAACCAUGAGAUUUGUCAUCGUAGGAAAAUGAGAAACACAUUAUAUGGAUAGGGUUAAUUUGUUUGUCAGAAAUAAUUUGGCAGUUGAUUUUAUAUUUAAUCAUGAUUGUAGACAUUUGUUAGAUAAAUUAUCAUUUUCUCAGCUUCUGUAGGCUUUAUAGGCUUUUUGUAAAGCUAUAUGUAUUAUUUUUACAUCAUGGCCUGAGCUAUUUAUAGUAUUACGUCACAUGACCUGAUCAUGUGACACUUUGUUGUCUGUUAGCUUGUUUUAAAAUGAUUUUUUUGUUAAAUACAUUGAUAUUGAUGAGGUAUUUGAUGCUAGUGCUAGUAAUAUUAAAGUGUGAUUGAUGAUUGUAAUGUCCUUAAAAUUUCUGUAAUAUUCCCUGCUCUAGUGGUCUAAACUGUACCAUCACUAUUGUACAUGGAAUUUUGAAAUGUCUUGAAUUGAAGGAUUUUAAUUUUAAAAUAUUUUUUAUUAAUCUGGCAACAACAAUGUAUUGGUGUUCAAACUGGUUUGUUACAAUACUGGUAACUGAUUUAGCCAAAAUGUGAGAUUAAGUGAAUGAAUAUAAAUGUAUGUGAAGAAUUUCAAAAUGUCACACCUUAACUUGUGCUCUUCAAACAUGAGCUUUAAUUAUCGGUUAAUGUUUUUUUUCUGUAAGAUUAUCUCAGAAUUAAUACAAAUUUUAUAUGAAAAAAAAAUCACUAAAUUUGUGCGGGGUGCUGUUUUGAAACAACUAAAAAUUCAAGCUAAUUAAUAUUUCAUCAUUUAUAUGAGGUUUUAUUUAGCUCAUGAUCUGUGCAUAUUUUCUUUAUUUCCUUGUUUCUUUUUAUAAAACUUUUGAAUGAAUUGAGGGGAAAAAAAAGGACAAAUUUCCUGUUUUAUAGCAUUAUAUUGAUUUGACUGGUUUCUUUCAUGCUUGCAUUUUGCCAUGGUAGAUUAUUUUGCUGUAAGAGUGAUCUCCCUUUGUUUCUUUGAUAUUUAAGUAUUUAAUCAUUUAUUUUUCAAAGAAUUCUAACUUAAGCUCCUAAUCUGAAGAUAUUAUUUUUUCAUUCCAUUCUACAAAGAAAGAAAGGGAAGUAAUUUCUUGUGUAUCUUAAUUGCUAUAAAAAGCCAAAGCUUAUUGCUAAUUUUAGAUUAUACAUGUGUAUAUAGUAUGUAAAUAAUGAGCUUAAUAAAGCAUCAUUUGCUUGUAAACCAUAUUGUCAGUUAUUAUCAAAACAUUUGACUGAGUCAUUAAAUUUGCUUUAAACACCU